CCCAUCUCUCUAUCUCAGCAAGCACACGCCUGAAAACUUCGGUUAAUAGGAUAAGCAACUAGUUAGUAACCUCUAGAGCUCUUUACAGUCUGUUUGGCUGUCGAGAAAGCCUCAGCAAAAUCAAAAGAGAAAAAGAAAAGGAUGGCACAAACACUGGCAAUGCCCGUGGCACCUUCACUUUCAGUAAUAUAUGACGGUCGGAGAUGCAAUUCUCUCUCUAGCUUCAUUUCUCUCCCUGUCUCUAACCCUCCUAAGGUACAUGGUUUAAGCAUCCGAUGUGCCCGUGUUGGAGGUGUGGAGAUCCCUAACAAUAAGAGAAUUGAAUACUCACUUCAAUACAUCCAUGGCGUUGGCCGCUCAAGGGCUCGCCAAAUCCUCUCUGAUCUCAGCAUGGAGAACAAGAUUACCAAGGAGUUAUCCGAGGAAGAGCUCAUUACUCUUCGUGAUGAAGUCUCUAAGUACAUGAUUGAGGGCGAUUUGAGGCGGUUCAAUGCUCUCAAUAUUAGGAGGUUGAAGGAGAUUCAAUGCUAUAGAGGAGUAAGACAUAUUCAAGGUUUGCCGUGCAGGGGACAGCGUACUAAGAACAAUUGCCGGACCUUGAAGGGUAAGAGAGUUACUGUUGCGGGGAAGAAGAAAACUCCCCGUUAACCAUGUGGUUCAUGUCUCCUUUAAUCAAUUGUUAUGUUUCUGAUUUUGAUUGCCAAUGCACUUUCACUCUGUAGUCUUGAUACGAUUGCUCAAGUUCAUGAAAUUAUAUUUCUCAUUUCUGGA